AUGUCAUCAAGUAGUUAUCUUAUAACAUGGCUAAUUAUUGUAUCAGUUGCUAAUGCUGUAAAUGUCUCGUAUAAUCGGCCAGAACUAUGUCCCAAUGCAACAUGGGAUCUAAAUGGAACCACUAUCGCUGGCGUGGAUAUUAUUGGAGAACAGCCUCAUAGAUUUUUCAUAAAUUACAACAAUAACAUAUAUGUUGCUGCUGGCAAAAGAAAAACGAUUUUGAAAUGGCUUGAAGGAAAUAAUGAAUCAGAAGUUAUUGCAGACACUACGGUGUCUAAGUACUCAAGUCUAUUUGUUACCAUCAAUGGUGAUAUUUACUUUGAAAAAGAAGGUGAAAAAGGUCAGAUUUACAAAUGGAUAAACUCUACAAAUCACAGUACACCUGUCGCAGAUUUCGAGGGACAUUGCCACGGUCUUUUUAUUGAUAUUAACAAUACUAUCUAUUGUUCUGUUCAUGAUCAAAGCAAAGUGAUCUCAACUUCACUUAAUGAUAAUUAUACAAAUUUCACUAUUGUUGCAGGAAGCGAUCGUGCCGGAUCAUCGUCACAUGAACUUAGAGAUCCACAUGGAAUUUUUGUCGACAUUAAUUUUACUAUAUAUGUAGCCGAUACUGGAAACGGCAGAAUUCAACGUUUUCGAUCAGGACAGAAGAAUGGAACAACAGUUGCAGGAUGUGGAUUUCCACGAAACCUUGAGUUACGUCGCCCGAUAGAUGUGGUGCUUGAUGCUAAUGAUAAUCUUUUUAUUGUUGAACAUGACCACAAUCGUAUUGUUCGGGUAGGACCAAGCGAUUUUCAACAUAUACUAGGGUACAAAGGACCGAACAAAGAAUCGCCAGUCGAGUUAAAUCGCCCGUACUCAAUUCGUUUUGAUAGCUCUGGUAAUAUUUAUGUUGCUGAUACAGAUAGCCAUCGAAUUCAGAAAUUUACUCUUGCAACAAACUCUUGUGAAUCGACAACGAAUGUUUCAUCAACUUUCGAAUCGAUAACAACUUCUUCAUGUUUCACUCAAGCAGAAAGUCCAGAUCAAACAACGACCACCAUACAAGAACAAACAACAACAGUUUCAAAUGCACCGAUCAAUACGUAUCUUUCAAUAGAAGAAAUAGUCACAACUACUUCUUCAAAUUCCACUCAAACAGAAAAUCUAACAACGACCACCAUAACAGAUCCAACAACAACAGUUUCAAAUGCACUAACAAAUACGUAUGGUUCAACAGAAGAAAUAGGCACAACUACUUCUCUACAAUCAUAUGAACAGUUGCCGAACAUUUUUUAUCCACACGCAUGUGAAGAUUCAACAGAAAUCGGUAGCCAUUGUAAUGUGUCAAACGCACCAUGUAAUCAACUUCAGCCAUGUCUAAAUAAUGGAACUUGUUAUAACAAUGAUACAAAUGUUGAUAGAUACUUUUGCUUAUGUCUAGAAGGUUUUAAUGGUACCGAAUGUCAAUUAGACUUUCGAGUUUGUAAAUCAGAUACUUGUUUUAACGAUGGUACUUGUCUGACACUUAAUGCAACAUUUAAUUGUUCAUGUAAAUCUGGUUGGGAAGGUAAACAUUGUGAACACAAAAUAAGUCACUGUUUGAAUGUUACUUGUGAAAAUAAUGGUAUUUGUCGACCAUUAUUACUCAAUUAUACAUGUGAAUGUCUUGGUAAUUUUUAUUCCGGUCGACACUGUGAAAUAACUGCCACUAAAAUUAUAAUUUAUAAAAUAAUUUCGAAAUCAUUUGCAUAUAUUGCAAUUAUUGCUAUGGUUAGUGUUAUGAUAUUUAUUAUAGUUAUGGAUGUAUUAAAAUAUUUUUUUGGAAUUGAUCUAACACGUGAAGAGCGAGAACAAAUUCGACGAAAGAAACACAAGAAGAAACGUAAUCGUCCUACUGGACAACUUAUACUUAUAAAAGCACCAGGAAUUGCAGACAAAGUUGAAACAAAAGAAGAGACAGUUGUUUAG